AUGAAGCUUCUUGCUCUUCUUGUUCUCACUGUUCUUAUUGCUUCCGCCACUGCCUCCUAUCGCAACAUGGAUGCCAAUGCACGUCUUCUCAAGGAGAUGGAAAUGGAGAUGGAACUCGAGGACGAAGUCAAACAACUCUCUCGUGCUCGCCGUGUUCCUGCUGGAUCCGACACACGCUCAUGUGGACGCAAGCUGGUCAUGUAUGUUAUCGCAGUCUGUGGAGAAGUCUGUAAUUCAAAGACCGGAGUCGACAUCGCAACUCAUUGCUGUGGCCAACAGUGCUCCGACGACUACAUCCGUACAACCUGUUGCCCACAAUAA